AUGUUGCAUGUGUGCAGCUCUCAACAUGUAAAUGAAUGACGUUGGCAGGAUGAGCACAAGCACUAUGACAGCAUUCAACAGUAAGUUUCCGCUGCAGGUCAGAUGCGCGCUCGAACUGGACGGACUGAUGAAAACGGAAGCUGUGCGAGUUUAACAGGAGGAUAUACUCAAUAUAAUAACAUUUCUCGGGCUUCAAGACUUCAACAGAAGCGGACAGAAUAAAGAAUGACAGAUAUAAUGAACAACCCAGAACACAGUCUAGAAGACCAAGGCGUUUCCUUUCAGAUUUUCCCAGAUACACAGGAGCGCCACCCCAAGGUGUUCAAGCGAGUGCCCUCCAUCGUAGUGGAGCCCACAGAGGGAGAGGUGGAGAGCGGAGAGUUACGUUGGCCCCCAGAUGACCUGAGAAGCACAGACCCUUCCAGCCAAACCCAGAUAUCACACAGCCAGAGUACAGAUGAAGUCAAGUGCAGCAGACUGGAAACAUCAGGGGCAGCUGAGCGUGACUGAAAUUCAACAAAUACGUUGUCACAAGUCUGCCAUUAUCACAAGUCUUGGUUCUCACAACAUUUUCACACUUAGAAAGACACAAAUACUGACAAGCAACACAAUGCGAUAUCUGAGCACCCUUUAUAACACAUUCAUGGCUUUAAAAAGACUUUUGAAAGUCUUCUGUACUUUUUAAGAUCAAACUCAUGACACAUUUUAUCUUUGGAAAGUGGCUUUAGCAAUCUUACAUUGCCUUCAGACUUGAAGGCCUAGUUUUUCUUUCCUGAUGCAGAAAUAUACAGUAUCCUCUAUGUCUGAGAAUAUACUGAAAAUAUGUAGAAUUUGAAUGACACAACAAAACUGGAUCGUAUGAGCUCAGUUCAUCUGAGAAUAUGAAUGUACAGAAUAUCAUUCAAUAUAAAUGUAUAAAAAACACACAGUUCCUGGAUCUCAAGUAAGCAAUGUACAGACAGCUAACCAGUAUUGCUCUAUUAUUUAGCUUUAUUGACAGCUGAUCAUGUUAGUUCACUUAAUACUCGGAUACUUAUCAAAUAAAUGGAUGUAAAAUAUAAAAUUAAUUUAAUGUGUGAGAUGUAAAUAUCACAAAGUGAUACAGAUUUAAACAAGCACAGCAAUGUGGGAAACUGAUUGCCAGGUCCACAUAAAUAUUUGAGCUCAGAAAGUUAAAUCGCAGCUUUCUGUGGUCAAAUAUUUAUGUAUAUUUACUGUUUAUGUUUAUUGGCCAAUCAGAAUCAAGUAUUCUAGAGAACCGUGUAAUGAGCACAACAUACUCAGUGGGUUUGGAUGCUUUGAUGAUCCAUUUCAAAUCUAGAGAGCGAUGUAUUGAUUUGUUAUCAUGCCCUCCACUUUGAUGUAACCCAGAAGCCUGUGAAUGCAUAUUCUAAAAAGAUUGCAGUGACCACUGUGAAUCUCUCAUUCAUGUGAAAAUUAUUCAUUACACGCUCUGCGGCUGAAAACUCUCUCUUCUCACCAUCUGGCUGAGGCUUGUGAGGAAUGACUGCUACUGAACUUCAAACAUGUCUGCCUGUCAAUCAGCCUGGGGACAAGGACUUCCUAAUAUCUCCAAGCCCUGUCUGACUUUCUGCAGACUUUAAAUUAUUAGAGGCGUUUGUGCACAUACACAAUAUUUUCAAA